AUCGUUACAUCUUUGAAAACUAGUACAUACAACACAAUUUUCGCUUUCCUUUUUUUAUCGCGAUUACACUAGACAAAUUACCAUAAUUUAUGCUUGUUUCAGUAAAAAGUAAUUUCAAACAAUAUGUAAGAUUAGUUAAGGGAAUGAGCAAGCCUGAUAUUUAUUCAACUUCGUGUGCUUUUGUCGUACCUGUGAAGCUUUAUGACUCAUGGAUUUUAACCAAGUCCUAUCUAUUUUAAGUGCUAUUUAUAUCAUAAUGUAAUGUCAAAAGAUACACAACGUUCGUAUCCAACCAUACAACUUUAAUUACUUUCACAAUAUGUUCGUUCGACAUUAUUAUAGCAAAUUAAACAAGCUCUAAAUAACAUUAAUCAUUAAUACGUGCAAAUAAUGUAAAUUGCCAAUAAUCCGUUUAUUAAAUAAAUAGUCGAUGCAAUAAAUACAACCCACACUCGCAAAUAUCACAUUGAUUUUUGAUAAAUAAAACCUUAUUAUGUGGCGAAUUCAUCAGAAUAAUAAUAAUGUGGACAUUAUUAUUAUUCUGAUGAAUUUGUGUUUAUUUUUUCAAAAAGUGACUGGAAACACAAGAAUUUACCACACUUUGUUAAAAUUUUGUUAAAAACUAUAAAAUGUGUGUAAAGUUGCUACUUAGAAAUCGAGAAAGCAGUAGCAACUUGUGAAAAAAUCGCAUUUACUCGUGAAUUUUAAGGCGAGGAACCGCUUUGAUAUUGUCGCGAGAUGGCGUCACGGUUCGUAAUCACUCUUUCAUUAUAUCGUUCGUAUUUUGCGAAAACUCGUCUUAAAAAGUUAGAAUACCUCGUAUGAAGGAAAUUGCGUAAUAAAUCGACUGUUAACCUUUUUGACUGAAUGAGAAGAAAUAAAUAAGGAUUACUUAAGUAAUGGAAUGACACGGCAACGUUCUGGAAAAAAUUGGCGAAGGCAACGUGGUUUCAGCCGGCACCAUUUCCUCGCCGUGGACUCCCGUCACCGGCCCGCCCGCCGACUCCAACGGCGCGGGUCCGGAUACAAAGAAUCUAGAUGUCGGAGACGUCAGCGAUGAUGAGAAGGAUAUGACAGCGGCAGACGCUGAAGGAGUAUGGAGUCCGGAUAUCGAGCAGAGUUUUCAGGAAGCGCUAGCUAUAUAUCCUCCAUGCGGUCGACGGAAAAUUAUAUUAUCAGACGAAGGAAAAAUGUAUGGUCGAAACGAACUCAUAGCACGAUAUAUCAAAUUAAGGACUGGAAAAACACGUACAAGAAAACAAGUCAGUUCACACAUACAGGUGUUGGCAAGGCGAAAACUGAGGGAAAUUCAAGCCAAACUGAAGGUAGACCAUGCAGCCAAGGAGAAGGCUCUGCAAACGAUGUCGAGCAUGUCAAGUGCGCAGAUAGUAUCAGCUACUGCAAUGCACAGCAAGUCAGCAGGUCUGAGUCUUGGUCUAACUCCCCCCGUCUCCUAUACUGGAGCGCAGUUCUGGCAGCCCGGAUUACAACCAGGAACCAGUCAAGAUGUUAAACCGUUCACACAAUCGUCGUAUCCUGCUGGUAAGCCUGCGACAGCAGUCUCAGCAGGGGACGUUGGACCUCUGCAAACAGCCCCACCGCCGGUCUGGGAAGGACGGGCCAUAGCCACUCAUAAACUUAGACUUGUUGAAUAUUCGGCCUUUAUGGAAUCGCAAAACAGAGACGAAGCAUAUCAGAGGCACUUAUUCGUUCAUAUAGGCGGCCCGGCUUUAUCAUACACCGAUCCUUUACUUGAGGCCGUGGACGUCCGACAAAUCUACGACAAAUUCCCGGAAAAGAAAGGCGGUUUAAAAGAAUUGUAUGACAAAGGACCCCAGAACGCCUUCUUCCUUGUCAAAUUCUGGGCUGAUUUGAAUUCCAAUAUUCAAGACGAGGCUGGUGCCUUUUACGGUGUGACGAGUUCGUAUGAAAGUAACGAAAAUAUGACCAUCACAUGUUCAACAAAAGUGUGUUCGUUUGGGAAACAAGUCGUGGAAAAAGUCGAGACGGAAUACGCUCGUUACGAAAACGGCCGAUUCGUCUACAGGAUCCAUCGAAGUCCCAUGUGCGAAUACAUGAUUAAUUUCAUCCACAAACUCAAGCAUCUACCCGAAAAGUACAUGAUGAACAGCGUCUUAGAAAAUUUCACUAUACUACAGGUGGUGAGCAAUCGAGACACGCAAGAGACCUUACUGUGUACGGCGUACGUGUUCGAGGUGUCGACGUCAGAACACGGCGCCCAACAUCACAUCUACAGGCUCGUAAAAGACUAGCGGAAUCAAGGGCGAGAAAAAUCCCUUCACUUCAGUGCCUACACCCUCACAAUACUAGUAUUAUUAUUGGUUACAUACUUUAGUAAGUAGCUAGGUAAAUUACAAAACGAAAUUGCCAUUUGAUGAUAUAUCAUGUAAAGCUAUCCUUAAAAAUUUGAGUUGCCCUUACGUAAACUUAAGUUUCAAAGUUUUGCUUUUAUGGUAUAAAGUACUGUAGGAAAAGUUAUAUUUUUUGUUUUAUAUAUUAUAGGUUUAUUUCUCGUCGUACUUUAGUUGUAAGGUUUUGAUAUUUUAUCAUGUUUUACUCAGAUUUGGAAAAAUCUGCACAUAUCCGAAAUCGCAGCUAUUGUUUUCAACUGACAGUCUUCAUUUUCGGUCAACAUUUAAAUGUUACUAAACACUUAUUUAUUGCUAGGACAACAAAAUUUACUUAGUUAAGUUACUUACUUUGGAUACUUGAGAUACCUUGAAUUUAUAAAGUUUGCUAUUUGUGAUGAUAAUUUUUAACAUUUUAUAUAGAUUUUUAUAAUAUUUAAAAUACCCAGUAUUUUAAUUAUAAUCAUAAAAGUUUUUUGCCAAUUAAUAAUUUUAGCUUUAUGAGGUGUCUUCACAAAACACAGUCGAUGACGUGACUUAAAAUUAAUACAAUUAAUUUUAGUGUUGUUGUGAAAACAUCGCGGCCUUUGUGUUCAAUUUGGCUAUUUUGAUGCCAAUUAGACAAUAGAAAACUAUUGUUAUACUUUCUGAGUGAACUUUCUUUCAUUUGCAUCGUGCAAUUCUGAAAAAUUACAUAGAAAACGUGGUAAUUUAAACGAUAUUAUGUAAUUUUAUGAUACAAGUGGCAAUGUUUUUUGAUCUCUGAUUUAAUCUUUCGCAAAUUGUUUGAUUUAAGUCGGCAAUUUUGGUAGCUUAUAUUUUGUUAUUAUGUAAGAUUAAUUUUUACAUUUACUCAUUUCUAUUUACAUCUUUUUUUUUUUCAUUAAACGUAACAGACUUUUAUUGCACUGGCACAAAAGAUUAUCUUCCAUGAAGAUAAAACUUCGUUCGCGCUAUGAUUUUUUGAUCAUUGUUACUUAAUUGCUAGACUUAACUUUAACAUAAAAACCCUAGGUAAGAAAAAACAUUACAUAUGAACAAUAAUUAUUGUAAAUUAUCAUUUGUACUCUAAUAAAAGAUCUAUUUUAAAAAUAAAGUGUCAGUGUAAAAAGUAAAAUUGUAUAUAUUUCUAAAAAUAUGGCGGCUAUAAAUAUUUUUAUCGUCUUACUAUAAGGUUCUUUAUAAAGUGUGCUAUAUUUAAUGAAGUUUUUUUAUUCAUAUCUGGAAAUGCCAUAUCAAACAUGGAAAUUAUUGAAUCUUAUACUUUGCUCUGUAUGUGUACAGUAUUUUAAAUCAUGUUUAUAAUUUGUAUGGAAAUUAUAAUAAUUGA